AUGCCUGGUCAGGCGAAGACUUCUCGUCCCCGUGCCGGCAAGCGCACCCGAGUCCGCCGUCGCUUGGCCACCCUCCGCGACGCCCUGCAAGCCGGUCUUCCAGAAGACUCAGGCCGUCCUCCUCCACCUCCUCGUCCUCCACCCCCAAGAGGAGUUCGAGCUUCUACGCUCACCCCUGCCUCCUCCGGCAAAGCGCGCUUGCGGAGGGCCCCGACGCGACCUAGAUUUCUAGGUCCAGCUUCUAUCAUCCUGGGCCCCAUCACCAACACGUGGUUAGCGGCCCCCACGUCUCGUACAUGCACGGGCCCUCCACCAACAUCCGGACCACCUACUCAUGGACGGUCUCCAGGCCUGGAGAUACCUCAUCCUGGUGAAGGGUGCACCCCGAAUCCACCAGCAGCCGCCCACGAGUCAGCGCAGCCAGCCCCGGUCCAUGCAGCACCUGGACGAGUUCCUGAGGGCAAACAACCGGAGCCUUCUCAUCCGAGGGUUCCCCUCGACCGCCUCCAGCUCCAGUAG